CCGUGUCAGAUCGCUGAGGGGGAGGUGAAGCACUGUGCCGCAUGGGAAGAUACGAAAAACCAUCGGUUUGUUAAGUAAAAGGCUGUGGGGAAAGUGUGGAGGAUUAACAUGGAAGCGGACGCUACAGUUGUGGGGCUCAGACCAACAGCGCGGCUCUGCCGGCUCACACACCCGACCAGCUGCCUGGGCUGAAAACAUGGCUGCGGCUGAACGUGCUGCAAAUGUACGGAAGUGAGGUGCCUGUGUUCUGCUGCAGAAGAGAGAGCACCAGGAUGAGGAGACUGUAGGCACCCGCCGUAGUAUGGCCGCGUCCCGAUCCUCGCGUGUCACAAGGUCAUCAGUGGGACUCAAUGGAUUGGAUGAAAACUUUUGUGGUCGAACUCUCAGGAACCGCAGCAUCGCCCAGCAGGAAGACACCCCGGUGUCUCCGGUACCUCGGGCCCGCUCACCCAAGAAGAAGCAGGAGGCGAAGCAGGAUGCCAAGUCGGGGUCCAAACAGGACUCCAAGCAAGAGACGAAGCAGGACACUAAGCAAGAGUCUUGUCAGGACGCCAAACAGGACGGCAAGCAGGAGUCAAAGCAAGGAGCUAAGCAGGAUGCUAAGCAGGAUGCAAAGCAUGAAGAGACUCAGCUGGACCGACAGGAGGACUGUCAGAGCGCUGGACAGCAGGACACGCAACAGGACGGUCAGCAGCAGCAGCAGCCCUCGCUGGAGGGAAAGUUGAGUGAUGUGAAGGCCCCCGAGGCAGAGAAGUGGACCAGCGUCAGGAAACGGACUGCCUCCUGUUUGGAAAAAGACAAUGAUAUCGAGAAGUCAGAGAACUGUGAUAGAGGGACGGGGGUGCCGGAUACCUCUCCUCAAAUCAAAAGGGCCAAGCGGUGCUCCCGCUCUGGAGAGUCUCAGGGACACGAGGAGGAACUCAAUCCCCUUAAACCCGGUGGUUCAAUUUCUGACCAAGAGCCUGUAGUGGACAACAGUGAAGUAUAUCCCAGCCAAAACUCUGCGAGCAUUGCUCCUGCCUCCCCUGUCCUCACAAAAGAGGACAGCGAGAAAACGGGUCCAAAGGUGGACGACGGUCUUGAGGAGUGUGAUGGGGCGCAUGAGCCCCCCAAUUCUCACAAGGCAUCCAACGGACUAAAAGACAGUAAAGCUGAUGAACCCAGCACACUGGAUGAAGAGCCAGUUGCAAAUCCCACUUGUGCUAAUAAUGUUUCGUUGCUGCUCAAUGGUAGUCAGUCGGGCCCCCCCUCUUCCCCUGACCCCGCUGUGCCUUGUAGAAACGCCGACCCUGUGCAGACGGAGGUCUCUGGCUCAGGGGAAUCGCCAGCCUCCUCUGCUCCAGCAUUAGCAGCCGUCUCCCAAGAUCCUGUUCCUGACUUGAUUGUGGCCAAGGAGCAGGAAGUGGAGGAGGUGGAGGUGGAUGUUGUGGGGGACACAUUAUGUUUGGUCCACGAGGAGCAGGUGACUGAUAGUGACGCCAACGGCGAACCGCAAUCACCUAUGCAGGAAUCUGCUGCCACCGCCAUCCACACGAACAAUAGUCCAAUCAACAACAACAACAACAACUCAGGAGAAACUACACCCCCGCUAGCGGCCAGCCCCUCUCCGACGGAGUCGGUGUGCAACAACUCUGUAUCCUGCACAUCUCCGUCUUUCACAGAGCUCUACGAACACAGAUACACCCUGCGGACCUCCCCCCGCAGAGUCGCCUCUGGCGGCAAAGCGUCCUCCUCCAAGCCGGGCUCCCCGCCUACAGACAACGGCCCCUUGGGAGACGAGGGGGACGUGGUCGUAGGCAUGGAGGAGGAGUGCCCCAUGGUGGAAGUGCCAGCUCCUCUAGACUCUUUAGAUCCCCCUAGCAAAGAUCCGCUCUCGAUAAAUCCUGGAGACUCGGCCGACGGCGAGGUUUUUAGUCCGGUUGAAGGAAAAAUGGAGGAACGCAGCAAGGAGCAAGUGCAGAGCCAUGCGGCGGAGGAAGAGGAGGAAGAGGAGGAGCCAGACGUGUAUUACUUUGAGUCUGACCACUUGGCUCUUAAACACAACAAAGACUACCAGAGGCUGCUGCAGACCAUCGGCGUUCUGGAGGCCCAGCGCACGCAGGCCGUGCUGGACCUGGAGACGCUGGCACGCCACCAGAGAGAGGCUCUGAUGGACCCCAUCUGCUUCGUGGAGAAGCUGCAGAAACAGGUGAACCUGGGCCUGCCGUUGCCGCAGCGCGUCGUGCAGCUCCCUGACAUUUCGUGGGAGCAGUACACAUCUGGACUGGGAGAGUUCGAACGGGAAUUUUCUGACAAAAAGCGGAAAACCAGGAGGCUAAAGCUGAUCUUCGACAAAGGUCUGCCCGAUCGACCCAAAAGUCCCUUGGAGCCCAAGAAGGAGUGCGAGUCCUCCUCCAUGUACUCUUCGCUGCCCACGAGUGACGCCCCAGAGAACGGCAUGCAAACGCAGAUGAUCCGGGGGAGGAUUUGUCACUCCAACAAGCCAGACACAUUUAACCAGCUGUGGAGUGUGGAGGAACAGAAAAAACUGGAGCAGCUCCUUCUCAAGUUUCCUCCGGAAGAGAUCGAGUCGAGGCGAUGGCAGAAGAUCGCAGACGAACUCGGCAACCGGACAGCAAAGCAGGUGGCCAGCAGAGUUCAGAAGUACUUCAUCAAACUGACGAAAGCUGGAAUCCCCGUGCCCGGGAGAACACCCAACCUCUGCAUGUACACUAAGAAGCCAUCCAGCAAGCGGCAGCACCACCUGAACAAACACCUGUACCGCCCGUCCACCUUCCUGACCUCCUACGAACCUCCGGUCUUCAUGGACGACGAGGAGGAGCGCUCGGCCUAUUUCAGCAGCCUCCAGGACCCAUCUGCUGAAGAAUCGGACGAGGACGGGAUCCCGGCGGAGUUGAAGAACCUCCCCGAGUACAAGGAGCUUUUGGAGCUGAAGCGGCUGAAGAAGCAGAAGCUCCAUGAGAUCCAGGAGGACUCGGCUGGCGUGCGACACCUGGGCUACAAGUGUGACGUGUGUGGCAUGGAGCCCAUCCAGGGCGUCCGCUGGCACUGCCAGGACUGUCCGCCAGACAGCUCUGUCGACUUCUGCUCCAACUGCUCCGACUGCCUGCUGAAGACGGAGACCCAUACGCCCAGCCACCACUUAGAAGCGAUAUAUCGGCCGGACUCCUACCUGGACCGGGACUACUGUCUGCCUCAGAGCACAAGCUACAACUACCUGGACCCAAACUACUUUCCGGCCAACAGAUGACAGAGCCCCGGCGGUCAGCAGCUCCAGGACUCCUCCCACUGGCCGCUCUGUGCAUGGCUCUAUCCUCCCAACAGUACUUCUGCACCUGCUGCCAGGUAAGAGGGCAGACAGUCGGGCGGAGGGGCUCCAGUCAGACCCCUCUGGGUGAAGGGGU